AUGUUCGCUCUAAGCGACUUUCUGUUCGACCCCUUUGAAAGUGUGGGCACAGGCCACCUUCAUAUACGCGAGCUGCGCGCCGAGGACGCCGGAUUGUACGAAUGUCGAGUGGUUCAAUCGAGUUCGGUCUAUGUGGUUCUCCGUUCGUCCAUUGCCCUAGCUGUCGGUCAGGCACCACAGCUGAUUGGUCCAAUGUCGCACAGUGUGAGCGGACAUAUACAGGCUGAGAGAAAUAUGUCUUGUGCAUUUGUGGCGCAACCGGAGGCGUUGUUUGAAUGGGUCAAAAACAGUGAACCGGUUAAGCAUAGUCAAUAUUUCCGUAUCAGGCCUCUGAUGACAACGGGACCAAGUGGACAAUCCGGUGAACCAACCAGAGGGAUGAAUCAAUCCGGUUGGCCCCUUCGUGGAACCGAGCUCAGUAUUCGUGGCCUAUUGCCAAACGAUGAGGGCUACUUUCAGUGCUUUGCUAUCAACCGGUUUGGCUCAGCACAAGUAACGUACACAUUACGUGUAGAUGGUCCUUUUCUGAUUGGCUUUCGUACUCCCGACGGAGAUGAUCAGCAUCCCGUACUCAUGGCACCAAGUCAUGCGACCGUUCAGGCUUUGAGUGAUACACAAGCGUACAUUACUUGGACUCCUCCAGACCCCACAUUGGGAACUGAUUCUCUUAGUCCCAAUGGUUACAUGAUACGACUAACAACCCCAGGAUCAUCACACGGGCUAACUCUGAACACCACAAAACCCGCCCUUCUGCUCACGGAUCUGCGGGCUGAUUCCACAUACAAUGUGGAAGUGUUCACAGUCAAUCUGGCCGAUGGUCGUCACUCGUCCGAUUCUGCCCCGGUGCAUUUUCGCACAAAACCACCUUUGUAUCGCCCCAUUGCCGUUACGGAUUUGGCAGCAGAUGCCGGUGAAUUCCGUACGCUGAUUUUGUCAUGGAAACCGCCGUUGAAAUCCAAUCUCCCCCUGUCACCUUUGGAUGAGAUCUCCAACUAUCGCACGGAUCGUCGUGAGGAGCAGGCGAAACCCUUACUGAUCACAAUUCCGACGACAGAACUUCGACGCCGUGGGGACAGACUCAGUUACACUGUGUCAGACCUCACUCCGGACACGUUCUAUCAGGUUUCAGUGCAAGCCGUGACGAAAAAAAAUGUCACUGGGUAUCCUGCUGUGCUCAGCUCUUCUGCUCGUGUCGCGUCUCGACCGCCAUCCAAAGCGCCAACUCAAGUGCGUGUUCAAGCAAUCGGAGCUCGAGUAGCCACUGUGACUUGGCAACCACCGCCAGAAGGAUCGAGAAAUGGUGAAUUGAUAUUAUAUCGGAUCAAUAUCUCAUGCGAAGAUUGGUUACGACCACGCCAAAUCAACGUUUUGAAUGUGAUGAGCCAGCUUAUUCGGGGUCUUAGUCGAGGAACCAAAUACGAGCUAACCGUGUCCGCAGCCACUCGGGGUGGAAACGGUCCGGAUUCCGCUCUCGUUGCAUUCACGACCAUGAAUGAAGAAAAUGUCGCAGAUCGGGACGCCGCACAAACCGAUAAAGGUUACUUUUUACGCGGGGAUGAAGACCUCAGUUCGUAUAGCACCACCCACUCCAAGACGCCACUUACCGAUGUGAAAAGUUCAUCUCAGCUGAGAGCGGUAGAAAACCUGCGUACCAUUGAAGAUGAGCGUAGCAUUCUGAUUCUCUGGUCACCGUCAGCCACCGGAAGACAAAAGGAUGGACAAGCGUCGCCCGAAUUGGAUCGAUACAUGAUCAAAUGGGGAAAACUUUAUCCAGGCCCACAAUCGGCUACGGUGGGAGCUAAUCAAACACGUUUUUUGAUUGAUAAUUUAGAGGCAAAUACCCCGUAUAUGAUAGAAGUAUCUGUAUACAAUAAGAAUCAGGAAGCAGCUUCUGCAAUGAUCACCGGACGUACCAAACCUGCCCUUUUUCGGCAUCGGCUACUCAUCCCGCUCAAUCUUCAAGUUACUUCGGUCGACCCUGACGGGGCAGUGGUUAUGUGGGAUGAACCGAUUUGUUCCGCCCAGUCGGCCGAGACGAGCAAUUCCGCCGAUUGCCUGAGCAAGGAGUUGAUUCAAUAUUACCAAGUGGCGUAUCGAAUGAUUGGGUUUAAAGAGGAAAAGUCAGUGACACUGGAUGAAAACGAGGAGAGUGAAGAAGAUGAGAUGAGCGAAGAACCCGGUGAUGCUCCUCAUGACGUUUCCCUAACUGCACUACCGUUCCCACCUGGUGAUGGUCCGGUCAGUGUUCAAGUGUCUUGGCAACCACCACUCAGACCUCAUGGACGAUUGGUUGGUUACGUGCUCUAUUACACAGCAGAUCGACAAUUGCCUUUAUCACAAUGGUCCAAACGUCGCCUACCCGCAGAUAGUUUGAAUACUGUCCUAUCCGGUCUAUCACGUGGCCUGAUUUAUUUCGUACAACUUAGUGCACGAAAUGAACACGGAAAUGGACCAUUGUCUCCUAUCCGAUUAUAUAGAACACCAGAUGCAUUUGGUCAAGGUGGUGGACGCAUACCACUGGGUCGAAUUUACCACAACGCCACGUCUAUUCCAUCGGAAUUUCUCACUUUCGGACAAUCCGUAUUUGAUCACUCUAGUAUGACCCCAAUCAAAAGUGGGAACGCACAGUCCGAAGAGAAUGUUGGAGGCACGCGUGCAAAUAACACACCCAUGAUGGCUGUUGGGAGUGUCGUUGGGUUGGGGCUGAUUUCGUUAGCCACAAUAUUGAUCGUGUUCUGGUGGCGCAGACAAAGGCGUCCCUUUGUACCGGUAUUAGGUUACAAGCCUCCCGGAUCACAUAUGGACGGUCUCGCAAACACCGACGGUCUUCGAUCUCUGUCUAAAACAGGUAGUAUUGGUAGUCACGGUACUAAACGAGCCCGAGGCGCUUAUCCCAAUCAAGAUAUUGCCUUGUUGAUGAGUAACGGUGAAGCUUUGAAUGCGGCCGAUCCCUGUUCACCACAAACCCUGUCCGUACAACCGCACACAACCCUGAUGGUUAGACAAGGUCCAAACGACCAGCUGACCACUUCGGUUCAGUUGUCUACUGGUGGAACACGACCGGUAAAUGUGAGCAAUGCUUCUCAUGCGGCGCUGCUGCAACAACAGCUACAACAACAUAAUCGGACUCCAUCGUGGGAUCGCGAUUCGGACUCACUACAGUUCGCUUCGGUCUCACAACAACGUCAAGCGGACGGGGCUCUGGUUCCCGGUUUGUUCGACCUGCAUCCGAGCAACAAUACACCCACGCGAACGGGUAGUGCGAGCACAAAUUCCGGACCGGGUAGUGUUUGUACACCGACACGAAUCACGGGCAAUCUGAACUACCAACCACAUGCAACUGCCGGCUUCCCGCCCGAAACCACUAUGGCUUACUCGUACGCGUCUGCAAGUCUAGGGGCAACACCAGGCACUGCACCAUUGAUCUUACCUCGGUCCCCAAUGAAUCAGUAUCAGCUCGGAACCGGUCCGGGGUACAUGAGUGGGAUGGUCAAUGGAGCGGCAGCGGCGGCGGCUGCUGCUGCCGCAGCUGUAUCCUCCAGUGGUGGACUUCUAAUCUCCUCGUACUACCCAACGUCAAUGGCCUAUCAAACGAUGCAUGCCGCCACCGUUCCUGGACAGUCCAUGUUCUAUCCAAAUGCGGGUCCGCCGGCCGUGGUCGGAGAAGUGCAUCGAUUGAACUGCACAUUGCAAGGCUCGCAUUCGAAUCUGGUUGUUGUUGUUAUGAUUGUCGUUGCUGAUGGCAUCUAUGCGAUUCAGGUUGUGAAAGGUAAGCUAUAG